AGAGGUAAGGACGGUAACCUGUCUACUCUCUCUCCGCAACUGUUGGCCGCCUUUUUGCCCUUUUCCCGUCUCCUUUUUGCCAAAACUCCCCGACCUCUGAAGGCGACUGCUGUUUACAUCCCGGGACCCGGGGUGGCUCGUUCCCCGACAAUCGGAGAUCUUCUCAGUAACGACUCCCGGUCUUGGGAAAUCCCGCCUCAGAAAAGGCAGUUCCUUCCAAAGAGAUGUCGAUUCCAUUCUCCAAUACGCACUACCGAAUUCCACAAGGAUUUGGGAAUCUUCUCGAAGGGCUGACACGGGAGAUUCUGAGGGAGCAGCCGGACAAUAUUCCAGCUUUUGCAGCAGCAUAUUUUGAAAACCUACUAGAAAAGAGAGAGAAAACCAGUUUUGAUCCAGCAGAAUGGGGAGCUAAGGUAGAUGACCGCUUCUAUAACAACCAUGCUUUCAAGGUACAGCCCACUGGUGCUACUGAACCUAAGGAGGUACCACCAGAAAAAAGUGCACCUGAAAAAGAGACAUCUCAGGAAUCAGUAAAAUUUGAGCAGGAGACACAGGUAUCAUUUGCGGAGGAAGUUAAUACUGAUGAGGAGGCUGCUGCUGCUGCCAUCAAAAUCCAGGCAGCAUUUCGGGGACAUAAGGCAAGACAGGACAUGAAGAAAAUGAAAGAAAGGAGCUCUGAGGAGCAGUGAAUGGAGGGACUGUUUUUAUCAUAGGUAGCCAGGGGAAAAAAAAUUGCCCGGAUCCAUCAUAUGUGAGGUUAUCAUUUUUUUUCCUUAGUAAGGGAAAUUUGAUGUAGCAAAAUGACAUUUGUUGCUGUUGUGAGAAUCUGUCAUGAGUUUAAUAAACAUGCCACUUUAAACAUGCCAAUUUAA